AUGGCUGGUAUCUCCCAUCGAAUUGCGCCACUUCCAGAGAACACUCGUCUGACCCUCUCAUCGUCUCAACUGAUCACGUCUCACGAAGAUGUGAUCGAGGGUUUGGUCGAAAAUGCGCUAGACGCCGAGGCACGUUCGGUCUCCGUGGAGGUGGACUUUGCAAAAGGCUACAUCUCUGUCCGCGACGACGGGGCAGGCAUACCAAGCACCGAGUUUACUGACGACGGACAAUUGGCAAGACCUCACUGUACGUCGAAGCUCAAUCCUUCCAGACCCGUGUUCGGUAGAUAUGGGCGCUUUUUGUCCAGCUUGUCCUUUCUUGCACUCCUGUCUAUCACCUCUCGACAUCGUUCGAAACACCACACGGACCGAGUAAUUCUGCACCGAGGAAAUGUCAUUUGCCGGCAAUUGAAUCUGGAAGAUGAAGGAACUGCGAUCACGGAGCAUGGAACAGCAGUGGUCGUCCAUAAUCUCUUUGGCGAUAUCCCCGUGCGAUCCCGACACAUCUUCGAGCAUUUUACUUCGACUGCAGAAUCGAGUAGAGGUUUUGAUCGGGUGAAGAAGACCUUGGUUGGAUAUUUGCUUGCACAUCCGCAAGGCUUGGAAUUGCGAUUGUUUCUCAAACAUGGUAGGCAGCGAUUUGUCCAUAUCGACUCGAGACGACAGAACAAAAAUGAAAUCACGAUCGACUCGACGGUUUCAAUACUUUUCCAAGCCAGGCUUAUGGCUCGUCGCGAAUCCCGUUCAUGGCGAGCAGCGACGGUGCGGUCAGACGAAUUUUCAAUCUAUGGGAUCUUCUCAUUGGAACCUUGUCCUUCGAAAGAUGUCCAGUUCAUAUCUCUUGGCCAAUAUCCAGUAACUGGGUCCGAGGGAGCAAAUGAAAUCUUUCUUGCUGUCAAUAAGGCUUUUCAACGUUCUACUUUCGGCACCGAUAUGGCAGCCAAGGCAAACAGGUCCGAAAGCGGAGGAAAAGGCGUGGAUAGGUGGCCAAUGUUCUACAUUAAAGUGGCCUUGUUGUCUGACAAUGCAACAUCGCUUACCAACCUUGACGAUGCUCCUGCGGAGCUUCGGCCUGCCGUUGAACGUUUGAUCAAGGCUUUGGAGUUUUUGGUGUCUAACUUCCUGCGGUCGCAUGGGUUCGAGCGUGGCUCAAGACAACCGAAUAGCAUUACCACGAUUGAAUCUGAGAACAAGGAAGCGUUCUCUCCAAGUAUUCGCCAAGCAUCACAUCUGAACAGUUGGCAUCGUGUGAAGAGUGGACGACAUGCCAGAAAUCCAAAUCCACCGAAGAGUGCUCCCCAUGAGCCUGAUCAACUACAUGCGCCCACAGAUGCCGCUCGACUGAUCCAACUGCGUGAACAUGAUCGGUCGGAUGCUUCAACUGCGCUAGAUGAAGCUCAUCAUACUCUCAACCCUUCGGAUUGUGGACGAGAGCAGCAUGAGAAACCUGCCGUGCUUUCAUGGACGAAUCCGCGGAAUGGCCGAAUUACUCACCUCGACCCGCGAACAGGAGCAAUUGUUUCUGACACUAGCAUCCGAUUCCCUACAACAACUUCUCAGACUGAGCGACCGAAACUGGCCGCGCUUGGGAGUCGUUCAAAGACAACCCGGCUUCCUUCUCACCUGACGAAAUACUGCAAAACAAAACCUUUCCACCAAACAGAACCAGCAAUCCAGUCACUCCAGACUGUGGAACACCCAAUGAUGUCUUGUGGUAACGGCAAGUUGAGGGGAGUCGCUGACGGCAUUGGGCAAGUCACAAAAAGCUCUCUCAGCUGCGCUACCAUCAUCCGACAGGUGGACGAAAAGUUUGUCCUUGCUGUUGUUCCAAUGGCGGGUGACACUUCACGGAAAGAGCUCCUUGUUCUUGUUGAUCAACACGCGGCGGAUGAGCGGAUCAAGCUGGAGAACCUAUAUCUGCAGUUGUGUGAACGCAAAAGUUGCAACCUGGAAAAUCCAGUAGAUUUCGAGGUUGAUAAAAUGGAAGCAAGACUAUUUGAAGAACAGCGGGACUAUUUCAAGAACUGGUGUUUCGACUACAAGGUAAAGACGAGUGAUCAACAGAUGGACUAUACGUCAAAACGCAGCAAUCAUAGCCGGAUCAGUGUCAUCACAUUACCAGAUCUUAUUGCAGCUCGCUGUCGUGCUGAGCCAAAAGUCCUGAUCGAUAUUCUCCGCAACGAGGUGUGGUCAAAGCAAUCUCAGAAGUCGCAUCCAGUCGGGGACGGUUUCAAUCAAGAAUCUUGUCACCACGCUACACGCUGGGUGUCUGAUAUCGCCACCUGCCCAAGCGGUGUCAUUGACUUGCUCAAGUCUCGCGCAUGUCGUACAGCCAUCAUGUUCAACGACAGGCUGGGUUUCGAGGAGAGCUGUCAGCUGGUCCGGGGCCUGGCCCAUUGUGUGUUUCCUUUUCAAUGUGCACACGGCCGGCCCACACUCGCAGUCCUCGGCAGUCUAACUGGUACUGACGCCGACUUUGCCUCGAUAUAUCCUGUGGAGGAAGCCCACCAUCACCACAACGAAGUUGGAUUUCGAAGCCAGUGGAAUACAUGGACGGACAAUUAG